CGCACUGGGGCGCGUUACACACUCAUGCAAACUGCGCGCAUCGAACUCGCACACGUUUGCAUUUGCCUUUAAAUCUCGAGAGGAAAGCCAUGGAUCCUCCUGCAGUGACCGAGAGCGGCUUUGGUGCAUAUUAUACAGACAUGGGCUAUAAUAAUAACUUUUCGGAACCGACCAGACUUCCUUAUAACAGGAGCGCAGAGCAGAGCGCUGUGAGCGAGAGCGCGUCUGUGAUCAUCGCCAUCUCCAUCACAGCCAUUUACUCCGCCAUCUGCGUGCUGGGACUGUUAGGAAACGUGCUGGUUAUGUACGGAGUGAUCAGGUACACAAAGAUGAACACUGCAACCAACAUUUACAUCUUCAAUUUGGCUCUGGCUGAUGCUUUGGCCACCAGCACACUGCCGUUCCAGAGUGCCAAGUAUCUGAUGAGGACCUGGCCUUUUGGAGAACUACUCUGUAAAAUAAUCAUUGCGAUUGACUACUACAACAUGUUCACCAGUAUUUUUACUCUUACAAUGAUGAGUGUGGACCGCUACAUCGCUGUCUGCCACCCAGUGAGGGCUCUUGAAUUCAGAACACCAGUCAAAGCAAAGAUCAUAAACAUCUUCAUCUGGAUACUGUCAUCUGCCAUUGGUAUUCCAGUCAUGAUCAUUGCUGUAACAAGAGUCAAAGAAAAUGGUAAAAUCAUCUGUAUGCUGAAGUUUCCUGACCCUCAAAGGUAUUAUGAAAGUGCGACAAAUAUUUGUGUGUUCAUCGUUGCCUUUGUGGUGCCAGUGUUGGUGAUCUCCAUCUGCUAUGGUCUGAUGAUCUUGCGGCUAAAAAGUGUACGCUUGCUCUCUGGUUCCAAAGAAAAAGACAGGCACCUGCGCCGUAUUACCCGUAUGGUGCUGGUAGUAGUGGCAGCCUUCAUUAUCUGCUGGACACCCAUUCAUAUCUUCAUCAUAGUUAAGACUUUUAUAAAAAUUGACCAGAAGAACCCACUUGUGAUCAUCAGCUGGCACUUGUGCAUUGCUCUUGGCUACAUGAACAGCAGCCUAAACCCAGUCCUCUAUGCUUUCCUGGAUGAGAAUUUCAAGAGAUGCUUUCGAGAAUUUUGCCUUCCUUUCCGUUCUCACAGGGAGCAGAACAGCUUUUCCAGAGCCCACAACACUAGGGAACCUGUCUCAGUCUGUGGCACGACAGAUUCAGUGAGAAAGCCCACAUGACUAGUCCUGGUCCAGAGAUUUCCUGGACAUCCGACUAGAAACCAACAGGACCAACAGUCUGAGUGCACUCAAAUCUCCACUACAGAGCUCUGUGUUACCGCAUAGAAAAUGUAAAGCUGGUUACACAAAUAAAACUGCAUUCACAUAAGCCAGCAUGUAUAACAAUUGUCUGAAGAGUUGCUGUAAAAUGCGCUAAUCUUUUAGAUUUUGCUAUGACUUUCUUUAUACCUAGAAAAAUGAACUAAAUCCUCCAAAUUUCAAAAGAGAUCUGGUUUAAAUUGCAAACAACAUAAGUCAGCCCAGUAAUCAUUCCCUGAUGAUAAAUACAAUAUGGGCAACAUUUUAAGGACACCUGACCAUAACAUGUAUGUGCUUUAUGAAUUAGACCUCUUGUUGCUAUUAUAAUUACUUUCCAUUAGAUUUUGGAGUGUGGCUGUGAAGAUUUGUACUCAUUAAGCCACAAGAGAAUUAGUGAGGCCAUGUCAACAUUCUAGUACUUUCUAACGUUGUUACGUAGGGUUAAGUUUAGGGCUUUGUGCCAACCUUUUGAGAUUUUCCCACUCCAAACUUAAGCGAAUCAUGUCUUCAUGGAUGUCACUUGGCAUAGAUGUGCACGGGGCAUUGUCAUGAUGGCACUUUGGGCCUACAUAUGGGUGCCACAUACAAUUGUGAGGUGUCCACAAACGUUUCACAAUAAAUGGGUGUGAAACUUUGAAAGUCUGUAAUGGUAUAUAUUAAUUGGUCACAGACUAUGAAAACACCUACCAUAAGAAACUAAAGAAAACCUUUAAAAAAAUUUUUAAAGAGGUUUCACAGGUCAAGAAAUGACGUACUGUCAAAAGGAAAUUUAAUUGCAAAGAGACAUAAACAAAAAAUAUAUAUUGCUAUAUAGAAAUUAUGACUGUCUUGAUCAAAGGUCAAAAUCAUAUUCACCUGUAAAAUAUGGUUCUUUAUUUUGGCUCUCUGUCUCAACUAAUGAAAGCUGCUUGACAUGAUAUUUAUUAUAAGGAAAAGGAGUUUACUGAAAAAGAAACAAGAAUAAUACAAUCAUAUGCACAAAUACAGACUAAAACUGUACUAAACUAUAAUAAAUUGCUGUAACUGACAAUCCAAAACAACCACAGACACACUUAAAUGCUACAGUGUUAUAAACUAAAAUCUGCCUGCAGUUCACUUCACCACUUCACUGUUAAAAUCAUGUAGUCUACUUUUUUUUUUGAGAAAUAUUUGUAUACAUGUGACUAAAUACAUUGAAAGAAAUGUAAUGAAAAUGGCUGUAAAUCAAAUGUUAUUUGGUGACAUUUUCCACUGCAUAUUAAUAUGAUUUUAGUGCCAGGAGCAGAAUGAAAUGGAAAAGUUAAUGGCUAUUAUUUUUUUUAAAGCAGUGGAGAAAUCAACGUCUAUUCUUGUGCUGCUUUUUGAUAAUGUGGCUUUGGACUGUAGUGUUUUACAUUGUGAGUAUUCAUACAUCCUCUGCCAAUCUUGUACAUCUUCAGUAUGAUCCUUACUUCUGCCUCUGCUUCUACAUCAACUGGAACUGAAUUAUAAUAAAUGCAGCAUUAGCUUGA